AUGAAAAUGGCAUAGAAUAUGUAAAAUAUUUAAGUUACUUAUGAUAACUAAUUAAAUCUUAUAAGGAAGACUAAUAUUCAAUAGUCAAAAAUAAAUUUGUCAAUACUAUCAAAAAUUUUUGAAUAGCUAUUUAAUGAUUAAGCUUAUAGCUGCCUUUAAAAUUGUAAAAAAUUCACAAUCAUUUAUAUCAAAAAUAAAUUAAUAAAUCAAAAAAUUAAGAAAAUAAUAAAAAAGCCAAAAAAAAUAAUGAAUACCAAGGUUCUUUUACUUUUAAUCGCUGUUGUCUUCGCUUGCUUUGCUCGUGCUGACUUGUAAGAUUGUUACAAUAUUUGUGAUGAGUAAGUCAAGUAAUGCCAACCUGCUCCUUCUUCUCAUGCACCCACUUGUGGUGAUAUUAAGGGUAGAUGCUAUUACUACUGUGAACACUUUGGCCAUCCUUUUGGAGAAGUCCAAGCUUUGUUAAACAGAUCAAGAAAAAUCUGA